AUGCCGUACUCGCUUACUAAAGCUGGAAAUCUACAGGAGUCUCAGAUUGCCGCUAUUCUCAGGAAACGAAAACUUGACUAUUAUUUGCACAAACUGCUACCUGAGAUCUUGCAAUCAACAUCCUUUCUGACAGCAAAUGGGACCUUAUAUAUUGCUUGCUUUUGCAUUCUGAGGAAGAUACUUGGAAAGUUCUACUUUUGGUCUCCUGGCUUUGGUGCUGCUUUACCUGCUUCUUAUAUGGCUAUUCUCAUCGAAAGGAAAAGCAGGAGAGGUCUCCUCACAAUUUACAUGGCCAAUCAAGCCACAGAAACAUUGUUCCGAAUGGCAGUAGCAAGAGGCGCUAUUACACCUUUAAGACAUGGAGAAGUCCUUUUGUUCUGCAUCACAGCUGCUCUGUUCAUGUUCUUUUUCAGGUGCAAAGAUGGCUUGAAGGGAUUUACAUACUCUGCGCUAAAGUUCCUUUCAAAAAAAGAAGAAAUCCCCACUCAUUCAUUUUCACCUGAAGCAGCGUUUUCAAAAGUAGAUAGAAAGAUAAAGCAUUGUGAAAAAACAUCACAGGCAAUGAACUUACUGGCUCUAACAAGAAAGCUCAUGGACAAAGUGUGCAAACAUGGCCCAAGGCAUAGAUGCUGUAAACACUAUGGAGAUAAUUGCAUCUCAUAUUGUGUUAAAGGCUUCGUUAGGAUGUUUAGCAUCGGUUACCUGAUCCAGUGUUGCCUUCGGAUUCCAUCCACCUUCCGGCAUCUGUUUACAGAACCAUCCCGGCUACUUUCCCUCUUCUACAACAAGGAAAAUUUCCAGCUUGGAGCUUUUCUGGGAUCUUUUGUCAGUAUAUACAAAGGUACCAGCUGCUUCCUGCGCUGGGUGCGAAACCUAGAUGAUGAGCUUCAUGCACUGGUAGCUGGGUGCCUAGCAGGAAUUUCAAUGAUGUUUUACAAAAGUACCACGAUCUCUAUGUAUCUGGUGUCCAAAUUAGUAGAGACUAUAUACUUCAAAGGGAUCGAAGCAGGGAAGGUUCCCUAUUUUCCUCACGCAGACAGCAUCAUCUAUGCCAUUUCCACAUCGAUAUGCUUUCAGGCAGCUGUCAUGGAAGUGCAGAACCUGAGACCUUCGUACUGGAAAUUUCUUCUACGACUGACAAACGGCAGUUCCCUUGGAAGGGUGGAAUGCUUUCGGAUUUCAGUGGAAUAUGAAGAAACCAGUAAACACGAAUACAAGCUGAAAAAACCACUUAGUACAUCCAGCGACUGA